AAAGGUUGUAAAAAGUGGCCAUAAAUAUUAGGAAAAUCAUUCGAGUAUGAUAAAAAACUUUUAAACUGUUUACAAGAAGAUAACGUAACACGGAGUGGGGAAAUAUUUUUCUCUAUCGAAUCCAGUUUAGUCUUUCUAUAUUAGUCUCAUAGUGCAAUAGUAGAGUUUACAAUGUGCGAUCAAAGCAACAUUUUGGAGAACAAAGUGAUUAAUUUUGGUGCGGGACCAUCCAAACUUCCGGAACAGGUAUUGAAAGAUGUACAAAAAGAAUUACUUGCGUUUAGCAAUACUCGUAUCAGCAUUUUGGAAUUGAGUCAUCGAUCAAAUGAUUUCAAAAAUGUUAUUGAAGAUGCACAAGCAACAUUACGAGAAAUACUGUAUGUCCCUGAUAAUUAUAAAAUUCUAUUUAUGCAAGGUGGUGGUACAGGGAUUUUUGCAGCUGUUCCUUUAAAUAUGAUGACAACCGGUACUGCAGAUUACAUAGUAACUGGAUCGUGGUCAGCUAAAGCAGCAAAAGAAGCAACCAAGUAUGGCAAUGUGAACUUAGUUUUGCCAAAAAUUACGAAAUAUACGGAAAUUCCGGAUCCAUCUACUUGGAACUUAGAUUCCAAUGCAUCUUACGUUUACUAUUGCGCUAACGAAACAGUUCACGGAAUUGAGUUUAAUUAUAUACCUGAAACGAAUGGCAUACCAUUAGUUGCUGAUAUGUCAUCUAAUCUACUUACAAGAUCUUUAGAUAUUUCGAAAUUUGCAGUAAUAUUUGCUGGGGCUCAAAAAAACUUUGGUCCAGCUGGUGUGACUCUUGUUAUAGUGAAAGAUGAUGUUCUCUGUCAUGCUAUGAAAAUUUGUCCAACAAUAUUAGACUUCACUAUUAUGGCAGCUGAUAAUUCUUUGCACAAUACACCACCAGUAUUUCAAAUAUAUACAGUUGGUUUAGUUUUCAAAUGGAUCAAGGAACAUGGUGGCAUUGAAGGAAUGGAGAAACAAGCAAUAGCAAAGAGUCAAAAGAUAUAUGAUAUAAUCAACGAGUCAAAAGGUUUCUAUUCAUGUCCAGUUAAAUCGGAUAUGAGAAGUAGAGUGAAUGUACCAUUCAGAAUAAGCAAAGACAAUGAGGAACUUGAGAAAGAGUUUUUAUCUGGCGCGAGUGCGCGUGGAAUGCUUCAGUUAAAAGGUCACAGAACAGUGGGUGGAAUUCGAGUGUCAUUAUACAAUGCUAUUACUAUAGAAGAGACAGAAAAAUUGGCAGAAUAUAUGAUGUGGUUUUAUCAAAAAUAUUGUAAAAAUUAG